GAGUGCAUAUGUCUGUCUGUUCUUCAUUUGUAAACAUCUCUGUCAGACUUGAAAAAAUUUUGUUACAAAAACUGCAGCAGAAAUAGUGAAAUUAGUUGUUUAAGAUCUUCAUCUUUUCCAAAGUAAAUUAAAACUAUCAAACGAUAUGGGAGCCGUCCUGGGCCUUUGUUCAGCUGCACAGUUGGCCUGCUGUUGCACUGGAACUGCAUGCUCGUUGUGCUGUUCAGCUUGUCCAUCAUGCAAAAAUUCAACAUCUACGCGUCUCAUGUACGCUGUCAUGUUACUUUUCGGAGCAAUUGCUUCGGCAAUUACAUUAGCUCCAGGUUUACAAGAAUGGUUAAAAGGUGUACCCUUCUGUAAAGACUCAACGGCAACGGCGAGCGCACUGAUCUCUGACUCAUACACUGCUGAUUGUACUCAAGCUGUUGGAUAUAUGGCCGUUUAUCGUAUAUGCUUUGCGUUGGUCUGUUUCUUUACACUGAUGGCGGUAAUUACCAUCGGUGCAAGCUCGUCCAAAGAUCCUCGAGCAGCGAUACAGAAUGGAUUUUGGGCAAUAAAGUAUUUUAUUGUGAUUGGAAUCACCAUAGCAGCAUUCUUUAUACCGAAGGGUAGUUUCGGGACGGCCUGGAUGUGGGUUGGAUUGAUCGGUGGUCUCCUGUUUAUAUUGGUACAAUUGGUGCUGCUAAUUGAUUUCGCUCACAAUUGGUCCGAUGCUUGGAUAGAUAAUUACCGAGAAACCGAAUCAAGAGGAUGGUUCUGCGCCCUAUUAUCAGCAACUGGUAUUCAGUACAUUCUGGCGAUUGCUGGAGUCGUCCUCUUGUUCAUCAAUUUCACUCGGGGCGACGAAACGACCAGCUGUGGCCUGCCAAAAUUCUUCAUCUCAAUCAAUUUGAUCCUCUGCGUCAUCGUCAGCAUUAUAUCGAUUUUGCCGAAAGUUCAAGAAGCGUUGCCAAAUUCCGGUCUGCUGCAAAGUGCUGUUGUCUCUUUGUACACCAUCUAUUUGACGUGGUCCGCUGCGGCAAACAAUCCGAAUCGAGCGUGUAAUCCGGGAUUUAUAAGCAUCAUCGAUGGACACAAAGAAAAUAAGGCCGUUUUUGAUACGUCCAGUAUCGUCGGUUUGGUGGUUUGGAUUCUGUGCAUUCUGUACAGUUCGUUGAGAUCGGCAUCGCGAGUCGCUGGAAUACCAGAUGUUGAGAAACAAGUCUUAACAGACAAUGAGGAAUCGAAGCCAGUAUCUACGGACGACGGUCACAAAGUAUGGGACAACGAAGAAAAUGGCGUCGCAUAUUCAUGGUCAAUGUUCCAUGUUGUGUUCAUCACUGCCACUCUGUACGUUAUGAUGACCCUGACCAAUUGGUAUCAACCGAAUUCUACACUCGAAACAUUGAAUGCAAAUGCAGCCUCUAUGUGGGUCAAAAUUGUGUCCAGCUGGUUGUGUUUGGCGUUGUACACGUGGAGUUUGAUCGCUCCGAUUGUUCUUCCCGAUCGAGAGUUUGGAAGUAGUUUUUAAGGAAUUUCUUCAUCGGACUUUAAGAUGUCCGUUUUGUGUAUGUGAGAUGGAGAGGUUUUUCUUUUGUAAUCAAACAAACUUAACAACGCGAUAUUUAUCCAAUUAAAUUAAGAUUGAGUACCAUAUAGAGUGUGAGUCCCUGUCACCUUGGUAUUGAUAUACGAGAAACGUGAAAUUAAUUUUUAUUGAUGUGAUUAAUGGAUAGCCGAUUUAUGCAUUAAGUCUGUAGGCAUUUCAUCUAUAGGUGUUAACUAUUCGCUUAAUUAAAGCCAAUGAAUACAACAAA